UUCUUCCUUCCUUUCUGCUUCCUCGCAAAAUCGUUCGGGCUUAAGCACCGCAGUAAAUGCGAGCGCGGCGCGGCUUCUUGGAGCGAGCGAGCGGCGGAAGCCUCCUUCUCCCGGGAUGGCGUGCUCGCUGCCGGCCGCCCCCCUGCCCAUAAACCGCCUGGCGGAGCCCCUGCUGAGGAAACUCAGCCACCUGCUGGACCAGGCGGAUACGGGCAAAGGCUGGAGGGACUUGGCCCAGCUAGCCGGGAGCCAAGGCGGGGUCAGGCUGAGUUCCCUGGAAUUGGAGCAAUGUUCUCUCCAGGUGCUGGAGCCUGAAGGAAGUCCCAGCAGGAGUCUUCUUCAACUAAUGGGUGAAAGAGGCUGUACUGUGCAGGAACUGACAGAACUGCUGCAGACCCUAGAACAUAGUGAGGCAUUUCAGUGUCUCAGUCCUCCUAGUAUAAAAAUAGUAGUAGAACCAGAAUCUCACGCAGUGUUGUCUGGACAGAUGGUGAAGCUGAGCUGCUGGGCAGCUGGUUAUCCUCUUCUAUAUUAUCAGUGGUUUAAAGGUGGCAAAAUGAUUCCACAUGGGAAUUCCCCAGAACUGGUGAUCAACCAAGUGACUGCAGAGGAUGCUGGAUUUUACAUAUGCCGAGUGAACAGUGACUCUUCCUAUGAGUUCACCCAAUGGGCACAACUGGAUGUUUGUGAUAUGCAAGGAACUUAUCAUGGAAACUAUCCUGAAGUGACUGAAAAGAAAAUACAUAUUUGCAUUCAUCCACAGUCCCAAAACUUGAUGGUAGGAGAAAUCCUGGUUCUACAAUGUGGAGCUAUAGGAACCCCUAUGCCCAAGUACCAGUGGUACAGAAAUGGUUCUCCGUUGAUGAAUGGGGAUAAAAAGCUUUAUAUGGUAUCCUGUGUGGACGCUGAACAUCAAGGCACAUAUUGGUGCCGUGUUUACAAUGAUCAAGACAGUCAAGAAAGCAGGAAAGUGAAAGUCAUUAUAGGUGGAAAAUCUAUUGCAGUAGAAUGCACUGAAGAGGACUUAAGUGGCCUUGGAAGGCCAGCUCUUAAAGAAGAGUCAACUGAAAGACAAUUUGCUGUAGACAAAGUUGCACUGUUGAUGGGCAACAUGAGCUAUUGUAAUCACCCCAAGCUCAAGGCUCCAUUGGUGGAUGUUUAUGAGCUGACCAACUUGCUGAGGCAGCUGGACUUCAAAGUGGUUUCCUUACUAGAUCUUACUGAACCUGAGAUGCGAAAUGCAGUAGACGAAUUCUUACUGCUUCUGGACAAAGGAGUCUAUGGCUUAUUAUAUUAUGCUGGCCAUGGCUAUGAAAACUAUGGUAACAGUUUUAUGGUUCCUAUCGAUGCCCCAAAUCCUUACCGAGCUGCAAACUGUCUAUGUGUACAAAACAUUCUCAAACUGAUGCAAGAAAAGGAUACUGGUCUCAAUGUAUUUUUACUGGACAUGUGCAGGAAAAGGAAUGAAUACGACAAUACCAUUCUCAUCUUGGAUGCUCUGAAGGUUACAGCCAACAUUGUUUUUGGAUAUGCCACGUGCCAGGGAGCAGAAGCUUUUGAAAUUCAACAGUCUGGAUUAGCCAAUGGGAUUUUCAUGAAAUUUUUGAAGGAACGCUUAUUAGAGGACAAGAAGAUUACUGUGCUGCUUGAUGGUGUAGCUGAAGAUAUGGGCAAGUGUCACCUUACCAAAGGCAAGCAGGCUUUGGAGAUUCGCAGCAGUUUAUCUGAGAAGAGAGCAUUAACAGAUCCUAUUCAGCAAACAGUAACUUCAGCAGAGACAUUGGCACGGAAUCUGCAGUGGGCAAAAGCUCAUGAGCUUCCUGAAAGUAUGUACCUUCAGUUUAAAUGUGGUGUUCAAAUUCAGCUUGGGUUUGCAGCAGAAUUCUCCAAUGUCAUGAUCAUCUACACAAGGAUCAUAAAGAAACCACAGGAAAUAACUGUUUGCAAUGCUUAUGUCACAGAUUUUCCCCUUGACUUGGAUGUGGACCCUAAAGAGGCAAAUAAGGGGACUCCUGAGGAAACUGGCAGCUAUUUGCUUUCAAAGGACUUGCCCAAACAUUGUCUCUACACUAGAAUAAGUUCACUACAGAAGCUAAAGGAAGACUUAACCUUCUUGAUUUGCCUACACUAUGAAUACACAGGAGUAGAUGAUGUUGUGGAAGAAAGGCAGGUGGUUAACAUCGGCAAGCCACUCAUUGCUAAACUGCGCAUUCAUCAAGGAUUCCGGAAGAACAGCUGUAUGCAGAGCUGCUCUGGACCCAACAGGCCUUGUUUUGCUCAGUCAUCUGGUGCCGAAGCAGCCGGACAUUUCGCCUGCCAUUGCAGUCAGCAGCCCUGUUCCUACGCAGGCUUUCCCCAGUCGAGCCCUGCUUGCUCAGGGAGUGUUCUGCAGCCAGCAAAGUGCCAUUGCAGUAUGACUCCAGAUAGUUUAAUUGCAUGGCAGUCGCCAUGGCCGUAUUCAUCCAAUCCAAGCCAGAGCAAUAUACCAGUGGAGACAACCGAUGAACUGGAAUCCGAUUUCUCCGGAAGCAUAAGGCUGUCUUAACAGUGGUGCCAAUCUUGAUGUGGCAGUUUCCUGGCAAUAUUCCCCAGUCAGUGAGUUGUAGCUACUGUGUAUCUUAGGUUCUGAGACAAGGGCAUUACCAUCUGUAGAUAAGAUUGAGUUGCAUCCAGACAAAAUUAUUCCCAUGUAGGUCUUACUGAAAUUAAUGGGACGUAGAUGACUAAAUCUGGAUCUAACCCACUGGGAAUGCACACUCACAUUAAAAAAAUGUUUUAGAUAAAGACAGGAAAAACUUGCAGCUCCAUUCUAAGAGGUAUUCCUUUGUUACACUUGGAAUGAAGAAACUGCAGGUCAUAUGGGAUUACUGCAGUAAAGAAGAGUGUGGUUGAGGCAGGCAUUUGCCUGACUGCAGGUCUUGAAUGUGGCUCAUGGAAAAGCAAGGCAGCAGGACUUCAGACCUGCACGUUAAAUCCAACCCUCCUGGGUUUUCACAUUGCCUCCCACCCACACCGAUUUCCAGGUGGCGACACCCCUUUAGGACCAUUGAUGGUUUGGUGCUUUCCUGGUUUCACUGAGAAACCACAAUGGAUGCUUAUAGUGCACUGAUCUGAACAACCUCAGUGAAUGUUGACAUUUAGUGAUGAUCUUCUCGAAUUAUAAAGCUUUUAGAUUUUAAGAUUCUAGGAAGCUGGCAGGAAAUGUCAGUGAAUUUUAUCAUUGGCAAAUGUCAAGGCCAUGCACAAGAACCUUUGGUAAGUGUGGGUUAUAUUCAUUUCUGUCAUUUACUGGUAAAUGAUGGGACAGUGACACAGAUACUGAAAAUAAUAAUCUCUAAAUGGUUGCCAACUAUUAUCCUUAAUGGGAAGGUGGGAUGGGGUUUCCUGGGUGUUGUAGGCCUUUAUGUUGUGUAAACUAGCAUACAAUUGUGCCAUUAAGCACCAAAUUGCAUUCAAUAAACUUUACUCCUGUCAUUUACUGGUAAAUACUGGUAUUUACUAAACCAGGCUAAGAAAUGGCAUGUGGUUAACUGCUUUUAAGGGGUUUUCUUGCACACAUUAUGAUUUUGGUUAUUUGGUUG